AUGCGGUUAAUAGAGGGAGAACCUGCCCAAUAUGNGUUUAUAGCAACAGUCUUAGAAGAAGAGGAAGAUAGUGAAUCUGAAUCUGAAUCUGCCCCUGCUCAUGAACCUACCCCUUCCCCUUCCCCUUCCCCUUCUCCUUCUCCUGAACCUGCUCCUGCCCCUGCACUUUCAAGAGAACAAGAGAGUGGAGUAGAUAGUGAAUCAGACUUUGAUAAUAGUGAAGGUAAGGAUGACAAUGAGAAUGAUUCAGACUUUGACAAUAGUGAUAGUGAUGAGAGUGAUGGAGUAGAUUUACAUGUUCCUGAUGAUUUGGAUUAUGGAUCUGAUGUUCAUGAAGAAUUUGUAGAGUGUAGGGAUGAACUGAGGAAGUAUAGGAGGAAAAGGAGUGAAAGGCCAAAAGAUAAUGGUGAUAUUAACCUAGGUGAUGCAGGAGUUGAUAUUGGUUUUGAUGAAUUAAGAACUGGUAGCAAGCAAGAUAGGUACACAGGCUUAGUAGGGACAGACGAGCCUUACUUUGGGUCUUCAGAUGCUGAAAGUUUUCCUUCAGAUGCUGAAGAUGAAUUUGAUGAAGAACAUAAGGAGAAAAUGGCUGCCAAGAGGAGGAAGAAAGCCCUGAUAUUUGAUCCAACUGUCAAGAACAUAACCUGGGAGUUGGGGCUGAUUUUUAAGAGUGUUGAACAAUUUAGGUUUGCUGUUAGUAAGUAUGCAAUUCAGAAAGGAGUUCAAAUUGAAAAGUAUAUUAAUGAACCUGGUAGGGUGAGGGUAAGAUGCAUGCAUCCAAAAUGUCCAUGGAUCUUGGCUGCAAGCAAAGAUGGCAGAUCCAACAAUUUUAAGGUAAAAAGGUAUUGUCCUGUCCACAAGUGUUACAAAACAAAUAAAAACAAGCUUUGCAACUCCAGAUACCUAGCAAAGCAUUACAGGGAUAAGAUUGUGUGUCAACCAAAUAUGAAAGUUUGGGAGCUAAAGAAACUCAUUAAGGAUGAACUGGACAUGUAUGUUGGUAGGUCUACUCUACAUAGAGCUAGAGCAAAAAUUCUGAAGGAGAUAAUAGGUGAUGUGCAUGCUGAGUUCAAGAGACUCUAUGAUUAUAGAGAUAUUCUGUUACAGACAAAUCCAGGUAGAACUUGUGUUGUGAAGGUAGAAGAUCAAGGUGAAGGCAAGCUUGUCUUCAAUUCAUUUUAUGUUUGCUUCUAUGCUAUGAAAAAAGGAUGGUCUGAAGGUUGCAGAAGGAUAAUUGGCCUUGAUGGUUGUUUUCUGAAAGGCAUCUGUAAGGAUCAACUUCUUGUAGCAGUUUCAAAGGAUGGAAAUAAUCAAAUGUUUCCUAUAGCUUGGGCCAUUGUAGAGGUUGAGAACAGUUUCACUUGGACAUGGUUUCUGAAGUGUGUGACUCAUGACUUAGAGCUUCAAGAUGGAAGGGAUCUUACUAUUAUGUCUGAUAUGCAAAAGGGAUUGCUUAAAGCUGUAUCAGAAGUGUUGCCUGAAAGUGAACAUAGGUGGUGUGCCAGACAUAUAUUAGCAAACUGGUCCAAAGAUUGGAGAGGAUUAGAGAGGAGAAACAACUUCUGGAGGUGUGCUAGAGCAUCAUGUGUGGCAGAACUGAAUUUUCACCUGGACAGUUUGAAUAUGCUUGGGAAUGGGAUAUGUGAGAGCCUCUUGAGGUAUAACAAGUAAACCUGGUGUAGAGCAUACUUCAACUGUGAUAGGAAAUGUGAUAUAAUUGACAACAAUAUGUGCGAGACAUUUAAUGCUUGGAUACUUGCUGCUCGGCACAAGACAAUUAUCACAAUGUUGGAGGAAAUAGAGUGAAGAUGAUGGAGAGAAUAGGAAAGUUGAGGGAGUUUCCUAUUGGCAGCCAUUUUCUCCUCUUGGCAGCCAUUUUCUCUUGGCAGUCUGGUGGAGGUAAGCCAAGAGUGGUCUCUCAUGGUGGUGAAAAGAGGUCCUCGGCAGAUAUUCUGGAAUGGUGUAAAAUGGAAUGGUAGACCAACCAUUACUAGAAGACAACUUGAAAGAACUGCUGCAACUCGUUCCAGAACUGGAGCAUCUCAAUCCAAUUUAAGUCAAGCAAGUUCAUCAGCCCAACCAUCCAAGAACAACCACUGAAUUCUGUUAUUGUCACUGUUAGUUUAUUUUGGAACUGCUGUAAUUUUCCUUUGGAACUGCUGUUAGGUUAAUUUGGAACUGCUAUUUAGGUUUGCUGUUAGUGCUGUUAUUUGUUAAGACAGCAUGCUGUUAUUUUGGUAUGCUGUAAAAUUGGGCAGCGUAUAUUUUUGUUAAGGCAGGCUGCUGCUAUUAGGCGACUGUAAUGAACACCUUUACUCUAUGAUGAAAUAUAUGAAAGUGUUGUUUGAUAAUUUCUGGGCAGAUGUGUCUUUAGUGUUGUAUGAAUGCUGUUAUUUUGGUAUGUCGUUAAGCAUUUGUGCUGUCAUUUUGGUAUGUUGUUAUUUCUGGAAAAUUUCAGCAUUUGAGCUGAAUAUCAGCCACUAUUUGACUGUGUUUCAGUGUUUUAUCAGUAACAAUUUGAGGUGUGUUUUAACUGCACUAUCAGCUCACACAGCAACAAAGUCAAACGAAACAACAUUAACAAUUUCCAAAAAAAAGCAUUCAACUCACACAACAACAAACUCAAACAAAACAACAUUAACAAUUGCCAAAAGAUUUCAUUCAUUUCUAACAAAGGGAUACAAAAUCUACCAAAAAACUUCAUUCAUUUUCUUACAUUAUAUAACAAUCUUUAGAACUACCUAACACAAUCAACUUCAACACAAUUGUAAUUAAAAUCAGCACACACAAUCUCCUCCAAUUUCUUUGGUUUCUAUUUUCCUUCAACAUUGCAUCAAAUGCCCUCUUCUUCUUCAGUAGCCCCAAAAUCACCACUUUCAAGUGCUCUGGAGUUGGGGGGUCAAACCACAUAAAGAAAUUACAUGCUGAUCGACUGUCCCUCUGAAAAAUUGAAGAGAAAAAAAUUAUUACAGACUAUAAAAUCGAUUAUAAAAGUACAAUUGAUAUUUACCUCAUAAAAUGGACAUCCGUAAAAUCGACGACCCGGAUUAUCAACACUCCAUGACUGUAUUACCACAGCUUCUUCACCACAAUAGCAAAAUUUUCUCAGAUUAUGCAUUUUCCCAAACCCUAGAAAUUUAACCCUUAUGUCAAGAAGAGAAGGAAGAAAUAGAAGAAGAUUGUAAUAUUGGCUUCGAGCUUCAAGAAGAGGAAUACAUUUUGGCUUCAAGAAGAUAAAAUUUUCCUCAAUUUAGAGCUUUCAAAGAGGAAGAAGAAGAUGAAAAUCGGGUCCUAGUAUAAAUAGAAAUGGGUUAAGGCCCUUUUAAUCUUUUAAAAAGGGUCCUUGGAAUGUGUUUUUGACCGUUUAUUAAAGAUAGAAGUUGUCUUGAAAUACUGUCCACGCGCUUGGUUCAGUUUGUAUUACACACGCUUAGACCUGGUCAAAGGAGGUGUGUACUAGGC